CACAUGUUUGAAAUGACUAAAUUAGUCUGAUUAAUAUAACAGCUACUUAAAUGAGUAUGUACUUAACACUUGGAAUAUUAGAGAUAACCUUUACUCAUAUUUUCUAGAUUUAGAAAUAAAAUAGAGCCUCAGAGUUUACUGUUAUGGCUACACUGAGUGAACCUCGUCGAGUGUCAUCUCUCCUAAAUGAUUGCAAGACGCCGCCACCCAUCUCUCCUUCUGCAGAACCAAUUCAGAGUGAAGCACCAUGUUUCCAGGCCAUCAGUGUGAUUCGUCACACGUCUGAUCCGCUGCCUCGUCCUUCCUCAGAGACAUUCAGCCCCAAACCCUUCCCCCCCAUCAGCUCCGUCCAGAGCCGCUGCAGUGGCCCAAGUGACCGGGAUUAUGAAGUAAAUCUUGAACAUCUGAACUCUGGCUGCUUCAACGCGGCCUCCGAAACCCCUCCUGGUUUACUCAGGAUGCUCUCGGCUUGUCCCGUCACUGUGUCAUCUGUAGCAGUGUUCCAGAUGCUUCCGUGUACAGUGAUCAGCACACCUGCUCCAUCCACAGUUAAUCCCCCGGUUUUAGCAGCCUCUCAUAUUCCCACCAUGGUAUUGGUGCUUCCAAAGUCUCACACACAGCCUCUGGUGGUCACGACUGCAGGUUCAAAGGUCACCGCCAUCACCCCCGUCGUGAGGAACCCACCGAGGCUUCGUUGCCACAUCUGCACCCACGCUGACUGCGGUAAAACAUAUCUGAAAAGUUCUCACCUGAAAGCACACCUGCGCACACACACAGGUGAGAAGCCAUUUAGGUGUCAGUGGGAGGGCUGUGAAUGGCGAUUCUCCCGCUCAGAUGAACUCUCCCGCCACAGGCGCACUCACACAGGGGAGAAACGCUUCACCUGUCCCGCAUGCCAUCUUCGCUUUACACGCAGCGACCACCUGGCCAAACACAAGCGUCGCCAUCAUGCGGCCAUGAGAGCGCCGGCCUGGCAGGCACAAAUCAGCCGGAGCGGCUGCUUCAGUGCAGGAGCUCGAGCUCUCCUCCCCAUCACGCUCAAGCCACAUGCCUGAAGGAAUGCCUCGAAGAAAGAGCACGGAUGCUCACGUUAGGAUCGGGUACUACACGUUCUUCAUGUUCUCUUCGAGUUUGGUUUGGGUGACCAUGCACUUUAUAUGGUAUAUUAGUUCAGUACAGUAUCAUCAGUCAUGUGCACAUAAUCGUUUGAGUUCCAUAUGGAAGAAGGCUAAUUUACUGUUAGUGUAAAGAAAAAACAUACACUUAAGCACACUCAUUUACUGACGGUGUAUUGUCAAACAGUUACAUUUUCCGUCCAAUACGUCUCUCAUUUAAAAACACUGUUUGUUUUAGUAAACUGGGAAGCUUGUCCAUCGUCUGCUCGUGUCCCGACGUUACCAAGCUCCUCCAACAGCACUUACAGAAACCAUACAGCACUUUCUUUAACAAUGCAAACAGUGUAUGUAUGUGUGUGUGUGUGUGUGUGUGUGUGUGUGUGUGUGUGUGUGUGUGUAUAAUUUAUA